GUGAAGAUCAGUGUUGACUAACAUCUGAAUUUAACACAGAGUUGAAAUCAUCUUCGAUAAUCCAGUAUCACCAUGUCUCGUAUAGUAUUACUUGGUAUAUUUCUCCUAGUCCUGGCUAGUGUAGUUGAUGGUAGUUCCAGUUCGUCUCGAAGAUCAAGCAGAAUUCGGGGUUCACCGAGAAAACCUAUGAGUGGAUUGUUCAGAGGGCUGUGUCCACUGUUCAGAGAGUCGGCUAUAAGAACAGAAGAUGAAUCUGUUAUCAAUGGCAGAGAGUCUGUAGUUCUCGAAACUAGUCUGGAGUCUACCACUGUGCUCCCUGUUACUGAGCCCUCUACCGUCCCCACUACCACCGAGCCUAUCAUAGACACCGGGUCUAACGGGACCGAGACAGCAGCGAAGCGAUGUUUUUAUGGGAUGAAGAACAAUACGGAAGUACUACCAGAGGUCAUUAACCCGGAAGUCUUCAACGUCACUUUAGCAGAAUGUACAGAUAUUUGUGAUAAGAACGUAUCCUGUAUCGAUGUCGAAUCAUACGGUAAAACUCCACAACGGUACGAUGAUAAUGAUCAGUUAGAUGUGAAUAAUCAUUGUACCGUUGUUAAAGAACAUGACUUUACCCAAGAUAAUUCCACAUGUUCAUCAUUAUCUGUACGAGGAUUGUGUAUAUAA